AUGCAGAUCUCCAAAGCCAUCCUCGCUCUCCUCGCCCCGGCCUUGGCCGUCGCAGUUGAUGCUCCAGGCUAUUCUGGUUUCACGCGUAUCUGGCAGGACAACUUUAUGGGGUCCUCCGGCACCCUCCCCGACGAGGGCAAAUGGAACAUCAUCGACCGCGACAUCGGGGUCAACAACGAGCUGCAGACCUACCGGCGGUCGACGCGCAACAUCCAGCUCUCGGGCGGCCAGUCGCUGCAGCUGGUGCCGUGGCGCGACUCCUCGGCGCGCGGCGGCUGGUCGUCCGGCCGCGCCGAGUCCCGCUACGUGCUGACCCCUCCGGCGGGCCGCGUCACGCGCGUCGAGGCCAAGCUGCGCUUCGGCCCAAACUCCCCCGGCAACAAGCAGGGCAUCUGGCCCGCGUUCUGGAUGCUGGGCGACUCGAUGCGUCACGGCACCCCCUGGCCCGCCUGCGGUGAGCUCGACAUCAUGGAGACCGUCAACGGCAUCCUCACCGGCCACGGCACUACCCACUGCGACGUCUACCCCGGCGGUGCCUGCAACGAGCCUUCGGGCAUCGGUGCGCCCGUGUCGUUGCCGAACCAGGAUGCCCAUGUCUGGAGGCUCGACAUUGACAGGAGGGCUGGGAGGUGGCAGGACGAGACUAUUACGUGGUUUUUGGAUGGAAAACAGUUUCACCAGAUCUCUGGAAACAGGAUCGGCAACGAACGAGUCUGGACCAGCCUCGCCAGGAGCCCUCUCUACAUCAUUCUGAACUUGGCCGUGGGCGGCGACUGGCCCGGAUACCCGAACGGCAACACCCUCGAAGGAUGGGGACAGAUGAUGGAGGUUUUCUACGUUGCCCACUACCAGAGCACCGCAUUGCAAGAUCAACGAGAUCUUGUUGCGUCGUAUUACAGCUUGUGUAAAUGA